AUCAAAUUAUUUCUGACGUCAACGUGAAAGCGCACCUUUUACAGAAACGGUGUUGGUCGAGAGCAAGAAGAUGGGCACAACAAGAGUGUCUUUAGUUUAAUCAAUAUUGACUUCAUAGUUAGUUUUAUACGAGAUGUUUUUGUGUAAUACUGAGUAAUGAACGAGCGGAGGCUCUCAGGAGACCGUUAAUGUUUGUCUACGUUUGAAGUUGUACACUGAAGUUGAAGUAAGGUUAGCAUAGCUAGCAUCUCUCCCUGCUCGGCUCAAUCCUAAGGAAAAUAUGGUGUCCUGGAUCAUAUCAAGAUCUGUCGUGCUGGUUUUUGGAAACCUGUAUCCAGCGUACUAUUCCUACAAAGCAGUGAAAACCAAAAACGUCAAAGAAUACGUGCGAUGGAUGAUGUACUGGAUUGUCUUUGCCCUGUUUACAGUAGUGGAGACGGUCACAGAUUUAACUAUUGCCUGGUUUCCCCUCUACUACGAGAUCAAGGUUGCAUUUGUGAUCUGGCUUCUGUCUCCCUACACGAGAGGAGCUAGUGUCAUUUACAGAAAAGCCCUCCAUCCUCUGCUUUCCUCCAAAGAAAGGGAAAUUGACGACUACAUAGUCCAGGCGAAAGAGCGAAGCUACGAGACCAUGGUUAACUUCGGCAAGCAGGGCCUGAGCAUUGCUGCAACUGCUGCUGUGUCUGCCGCUGUCAAGGGUCAAGGUGCCAUCACAGAGAAGCUCAGGAGCCUCAGCAUGCACGACCUUACCCAGAUCCCUCAAGAUGACGGGUAUUCAUCCUACGGCUCCAACCCAGCCAGAAGAGCCAUCAUGGACCAACCCGACGGAGCUGAGUAUUAUCGUGAUGAUGAUGAUGACAGAAGUGAUGACGAGGGGAAGGCUGUGUACUCUGAGGAUGAAGCUGUGUCUCAUCAUGGGCUCAGACGAUCUCAGAGCGUUAAAAUCACCCGCUCAAAAGUGCGCAGAGAUGCACGUUAUGGAUCUCUGAAGAUCAAAGGCAGGAAAAGACCAGGGCUGAAUGCCAUGACUUACUCCAGCAUGGAGAACUGAGCUGACUACUGAUGUGUGGGAAGAUGUGUCCACUUUAUUAUACUACCAGCGUGUUCAUAUUCUUCUCUUUUCAUAAGGGCUGUGGACUAUGUUUUUCAACUUUUUCAUGGAUAUACCAGCAGAUCUAUUUAUUACUUCUACCAGCAAGUGUGUACAUACAGUGAGCAUCAUGAGCUUGAAGUGUGUGGGGUUUGACUGACUGAUUGUCUGUAUUUGUAAUGCAUGGCUUUAUUGGUCUGAAUUUGACAUUCAGAUGUCUUUGGCUUCAGUAUUUGUAUUUAGAAAUGUGUUCUUUUUGGAUGUGGGUUUUUAUAUUUCUGUUUCCGUACAUAUUUUGCUGCCUUUUAGAUAAUGUUUUAAGUAGUUUUUACAAAUUGUAGUUUAGGUAAUAAUUCUGAUUCUUCAAAACUUGACAAUGAUUUGUCAGCAUCAGACCAAAAUUCUCUAUAUCAGUAAUGAAGUAAAUACCAAAGAGAACAAAAGGCAGUGUUGUGUUCAUGUUGACUUUUCAGAUGUUUUAAUACAAUUUUCAAAUGUUUAAAAAAAAAAAAAAAAAAAAAAAGGGGUCAGUCAGUUGAUGGUAUGUGGGUUUAAAGGGAAACCCCUUUUGCACAUUCUUUAAAUCCUCGAUUGAAAUCCGUCACUACUGGUCUCCAUGCAGAAUGUUUUGUUUUUUUUAUCUGGGAUAAACACCACACUAAUAUAACAUCUCUGGCAGUGUGCAGGUAAUUCUCUGCUGUUGUGUGGCUGGAUGUGUCAUUCAAAAUGAAUGCAAAAUAUGAAUAAAGCUGGAACAUUGUAAUCCA